UGAGGAUGAUAAAACUCUAGCUGAGCCAGAGGGUUUAGGCCAACCGCUAAUUCUAUCUCGCACUUCUGCUAAAAUACAAAACUCGCCGAGUAAUUCAGCUAAUCACAGACAUACACAGAGAUUCCGACAUGAUGAUGUGAUGAGUUUCAAACAGAACACUUCCCUUGUUCGGUGUCUUAAUUUUCUCGCGUCACAAAUUCAGAAAGGCAAUGGCGUCUUUUGUUGAAGUCUGUAGGUACAACAAACCGGUACCACCGGUUUUAUCGACUUCUCUCUCUAUAUGCCCAUGCCGUGUAUCCAUUAGGAAAACCCUAAAUCUCCCACCUUUCGCCGAGUAUACGAGCCUACGUCUGGUCCGUGAUGCCAAAACCAACCCUUUGCUUCGUUCCCUCCUUGGUCGGAUUCCUGUUAAACGCCGUUUCCUCACGGCCGUUAGUCGAGCUGAAUCAGACCAUCUUGGUGAUGGCAAUUCAAAGAAUGUGGAAGAAGAUAAGCAGAAGAAAGCAAGCCAGCUUAAGAAAAGAGUCAUCUUUGGCGUCGCCAUUGGGUUACCUGUUGGAGGUGUUGUGUUAGCUGGAGGAUGGGUUUUCACAUUAGCCUUAGCAGCUUCUGUUUUCAUUGGUUCUCGUGAAUAUUUCGAGCUCGUUAGAAGUAGAGGCAUAGCUAAAGGAAUGACUCCUCCUCCUAGAUAUGUAUCUCGUUUUUGCUCUGUUAUAUGCGCUCUUAUGCCCAUCCUUACACUGUACUUUGGUAACAUUGAUAUAUGGGUGACAUGCGCAGCCUUUGUUGUUGCAAUGGCUUUGUUAGUACAGAGAGGAAACCCGCGUUUUUCUCAGCUUAGUAGUACAAUGUUUGGCUUGUUUUACUGUGGCUAUCUCCCUUGUUUUUGGGUUAAGCUUCGUUGUGGUUUAGCUGCUCCUGCGCUCAACACUGGUAUUGCAAGGACUUGGCCAAUUUUUCUUGGUGGUCCACCUCAGUGGACAGUUGGACUUGUGGCAACGUUGAUCUCAUUCAGUGGUGUAAUUGCCACAGACACAUUUGCUUUUCUCGGUGGCAAGGCGUUUGGUAGGACACCUCUGACUAGUAUUAGUCCCAAAAAGACAUGGGAAGGGACUUUUGCUGGACUUGUUGGUUGUAUAGUCAUUACCCUUCUACUCUCUAAGUCUCUGUCUUGGCCUCAGUCUCUGUUCAGCUCUAUUGCUUUUGGGUUUAUUAACUUCUUUGGGUCAGUCUUUGGUGAUCUUACUGAAUCAAUGAUCAAACGUGAUGCCGGGGUCAAAGACUCUGGUUCACUUAUCCCUGGACAUGGUGGGAUAUUGGACAGGGUUGAUAGUUACAUUUUCACCGGUGCAUUAGCUUACUCGUUCAUCAAAACAUCCCUUAGACUUUACGGAGUUUGAUGAUGAUCUACGAUAGCUUCAAGAAAACUUAUUUCAAGGGGCUCCACGGUACAACCUAGCUGUAAAAAAAUAAAAAUAUGGUGCAUUGUUCAGUGUUGUUGCCAUUUGAGAGAUGCGGAAGACUUGUAGGAGGUGUGAAAAGCAGAGUAUGUGACUAUCUGGUUCAGUGCAACUACCGGUUUGGGUUUGGUUAAUGUUUUGACAGUUGAGUUGCCAAAGCUUUAAUUAGUAUUUAAUUUUGUAUUCAUAGGAAUUUGGUACUCCGUACAUAAAUGUGAUAAAUUCUUAACAACUCUUUUUAUUUUUAAUGAAGAAGUGUAUGAUAGUUUGACCUUAA